AAGGUUCAAUACUAAAGUGGAAUGUUCGGACCGAAAUGCUUUACACGUUCUGUCGUCCAUCUUCGAACGCCAGGCGACGGAGGCGACAGCAUGUUAUGCUUUUUGUGAGUUUCUGUCUUGACUGAUAUCCGAGAGGGAGCACAGCCCAGCAUCCUGUCUUGCCAAAUCUCGCUGGAGCGCUAUCGUUCGGGCAGCAGUUCGCUUUCAACGCUUCCAUCGGGAGGAUUCAUUACUCAUGGGUUCCAGGCGGUGGUUUCAUCCGUACAUCACCGGCGUUCAAGCCGAAAAUUUGUUGUUGGAAUGCGGGGUGGAUGGUAGUUUCCUUGCGAGAAGGUCGCAUACUGAUCUGGGUCAUUUCACAUUAUCGGCAAGACGCAACAAUGCUGUCACGCACAUCAAAAUUCGAAGCACUGGAGAUUAUUAUGAUCUCUACGGUGGCGAUACAUUCGCCACUUUGUAUGAAUUGGUGCAGCAUUACAUGGAAAAUCUAGGCCAUCUUCGGGAACGCAAUGGAGAAAUUAUCGAAUUGAAAUACCCGGUGUCGUGUGCUGAUCCUACCACGGAGAGUAGAUGGUACCACGGGCACAUGAGUGGUCGUGAAGCAGAGCGAAUGCUGCUUAGUCGUGGUAAGAGUGGAAGUUUCCUGGUUCGUGAAUCCAGAAGCAAACCCGGAGAUUUUGUGCUCUCUGUCCGCACUGAUGAUAAAAUAACUCAUGUCAUUAUUCGGUGUCGGGUGAGAUCCUGUGCUCUUGGCCUUUUCGCAGAAAAUCAUCUGCGCUUUUUUUUCCAGAGCGGAAAGUAUGACGUUGGCGGUGGUACGGAGUUCAGCACCUUGUGUGAGCUUGUGGAUCAUUAUUGGAAGAAUCCGAUGGUCGAGUCAUCUGGCACAGUUGUGCAUUUAAAACAGCCUUUUAACGCCACGAGGAUUGCAGCCAGUCAGAUCGAUACACGGUAUCGUGAACUCAAAAAAGACAAUAGUUCCGGAAGUGAUCACAAAGAUGCCGACAAGGUGGGUUUGGAUUUCUAUGUCUCCGACAAACAAGUUUCCAUAUCCACGGUAUCCACUUGCACUGGCGGAAAAGCUGGUUUUUGGGAGGAAUUCGAGAGCUUGCAAGAGCAGGAGUGCAAACAUUUGUAUUCUAGUGUUCCAGGCGAUGAAGGAAGUCCUGAUCGUACAUUUACGCGCAAAGAAGGACAGAAACCGGAGAACAGAGGAAAAAACCGCUACAAGAAUAUCCUCCCAUUUGACCAUUCGAGAGUCAAGUUGAAAGAUGCAGAUCCUGAUGUUCCUGGGUCGGAGUACAUCAAUGCAAAUUACAUCAAGGCCGACGAGGAAGUUGUUGGAGAAGGUGCCAGCCAGAAUAUGUACAUUGCCACUCAAGGUUGUUUAACAGCGACUAUGAAUGAUUUUUGGAAGAUGGUCUGGCAAGAAAAUACUCGCGUAAUCGUCAUGACUACUAAGGAGGUUGAAAGAGGGCGCAACAAAUGUGUCCGCUAUUGGCCUGAGGAGCAAGGUCAGACAGAAACGUACGGGGACAUAGUUGUGAAGAUGACGAAAGAAUCGUGCACCACGGAUUUCGCGUUGAGGGAAUUCUCCGUUCAUUCCACGAAAGUGGAUGAUUCUCCUCGUAUGAUAUAUCAUUACCAUUUUCUUGUGUGGCCAGACCAUGGGGUUCCCUCUGAUCCUGGUUGCGUUUUGAAUUUCCUGAUGGAAGUGAAUAGUCGUCAGAGAUCAACUGCCCAAAGCAAUGGCGAUGAUGCUAGCGGUGAAGCUGGUCCUAUGAUCGUGCACUGUUCCGCUGGAAUCGGUCGAACCGGGACUUUUAUAGUCAUUGAUAUGAUCUUGGAUCAGAUCGUGCGCCAGGGCCUGAAUACAGAGAUUGAUAUUCAGCGCACGGUAUUGUCUGUUCGAGCCCAGCGAUCGGGAAUGGUGCAAACAGUGGCCCAAUAUAAAUUCGUGUAUUCAGCCGUCAAGCAAUACGUGGAGACGUUUUCCCAACGGAUGGAGGCUGGUCAAAAAUCCAUGCAGUUCGGACAUGAGUACACAAAUAUUAAGUACUCUUCCGAAGGAAUGAUGGAUCCAACGCGUUCAUUGUCGAUGUCUUCCUUGUCGCUUUCCAGUCCCGGUCCACUGGCCACGCCGUCACAUAUUUUACCGCCGCCAUAUGAGGACGCUCGUCAUUCGUUCAAAGCGCCGACCAGUUCAAAAACAGGACGUUCCUGGGCCGGCGGAACUCCAAAAAUCGGCCCACCACCAAAUUUUAUUCCACCACCGCCGAAAGCUUGAGCUUUUUCUCGACGCAGUUUUUCUGUUUCACCGCGAAGCUCGUCGAUAAGGACGUGUUUUGGGUUGUCGAUUUUCUGCUCUUUUCCGCUUCUGCGCCGAAAUCGAUCAUUGGUCAUGCUUCCACCGUUUUUGUGCACGCGUAUUUUGCCGGGAUGUAUUCCAGUGGGCGUUUUUAUUUUUGCACUGAGUUGACGAAGGGCGGGGUUUUAUGGGCCCGAACGUUGAUCGCCGAAAUUUUGUUGGACGGGAAAUAACGAGUCACGAGAGAUUUUCGGAGAGGGUGUGGUACUUGUGAUAAGAGUUCUUGGAAGUACAGUGAGACGUUAUUCAUGAUGGAUGGAUAACCUGAAGAAGCCUCAAGCAUGUUUGCCUAACGGAACGAUACGAAUACUGUAUCAACCAUAAUAAAUGUCGAUGCUUGCACGUGCACAACUUCGUCGGUCUUGAACGAGGGAGUGCAGCUGGUAUCCUGUUCUUCAAAAGGCUCGGAGUUCUAGUAGCACAUUUUUAACGUAUCCGAGGUUUCUUGAGCGAGGCCCAGUCGAAUUCAAGUUACUGAAGCUACGACCAGGAUUCAGAUUUUAUGUCAUCCAUGCAAUUUUUUGUGUGGCGCUAAAUGGCGAUGUUUUCAAUCCGAAGAUGUAUCUUGCGACUCACGUUUCGAAUUAUUCUGAACGUGCAUACUUCUGAAGCCUCCCGCUUUGUUGCCGGAGAGUUCUAUAACCUUGUUGACAUAAGGCUUUAAAGUUCUAAAAUGCUCGUUAACAUUUUCAUGUUCCAAUGUUACUCGUAAGAUUUCGGCGUAUUACAGGAAGCUCUGAAAGUCAUCUUCUGGAAAGGUUCAGCUUUUUGAAGGAGGAUGUGAAACACCUAGAUUCCCAAUUAAAUAAUGUUAGCAUUCAUUGACACUGAUUCUCGUCAGAAUUCCCAAGGUAAUUCACUUUUCCUGGAGCUCAAGUAAUAGCGGUAUUAUGGUGUGCGUUAGUUUUUUUUGUUUUUCUUUGUUGGAAGAACUGACGUUCUGAGAGUACCAAGAGUGCCGUAUUGAGAAGAUCGGAAUUUCGUAACGGAAAUUACAUCUAUUUGUAUGUUUGUCCGAGUCUCGGGAACGAAGCGAGGAUAUGGUGCCGGUCAUCCUCGUUUGCUGAGAUUCGUUGGCAGCGAGUUAAAAAAAUUCGGAUUGAUAAUGCUUAACUGCUGAAGGUUACCAACUAAGAGGAAGAGCAAAUGUUGUGCUGUUGAAUUCAAGCAAUUUUUGCGCGUUGUGCUAUUUAUUUUUCAAGCGAAUUCAGGAAAAAACAAAAAAGAAACUGGAUGAUGUGUAGUUGUUCGCUGGAUUGCCGGAUAUUUAUGAACUUGUUUUGGUUGCUUACGAAUCUCAUUUGGCGUGCAUGUGUCUAUCCUGUGUUUGCGCUGGAGUUUCAUAGGGCUAUGAUUAGUCGCCCUGCGGUGCGACUUAUUUUUUUCUAUUUGGCUUCUUCGAACUAGUGAUAUAUGCUGACGAAUUUCGGAAAAUGCUCCGUGGAUCAAUAUAGAUUAGUUUUUUCGGCGCUUUUUAAGGAAUGAAGCUUUUGUGUCCAGUG